GCCACCAAGCCUCUUGGCCUCUUUCCCUGACCAGUAAACCACGAGAGUUCUUCCAAACCCCAGAGGGAAAACCUACCCUCUCUUCCUUCUUAUAUAUCUCCAAACAAAUCGGAAACUUGAGUAGUAAAUCAGGAAUAAAAGAGAAAAACUUGCAGAGACAGAGCUGCGUAUUACUUGGAUCAAAGUUUCUUGCUCAUCAGCGGUGGAGGAUACGAGUUGUAGUCAUCUUUCUUGUCAGAGUAUGAGCUUUCCAUCCCGAAAUGAUCAAAGGGAUAGGACUAGUAGAUUCCCCAACCAAUAUGCUCGCCAAACGUGGGUUCCAAGAGGAUCCGGCCCUACUGCUGUUGUGAACCCGCCUUCAAGAUUCGAUUCAACACCGAAUGGAAUUGGCAGUGUACGCUUCAAUCAUACCACUGCUCCACCCAAUCCUAGGCAUAGUGGCAAUGGCAACGCCUCUAGGAGUCGCAAGCCUUGGCCUACUAAUCACAGGAGAGAUAGGGAGAAAGAGAAGGACACGAGCCAGACUCAGGAGGUUGAGGACUUGAAAGACCCCAAUUUGCCCCAGCUUGUGCAAGAAAUUAGGGAUAAACUUGUGAGGGGUACUGUUGAGUGUAUGAUCUGUUAUGAUAUGGUGCAGAGGUCAGCUUCUAUUUGGUCUUGCCCAAGCUGUUAUUCUAUUUUUCAUUUGAAUUGCAUCAAGAAAUGGGCUCGUGCUCCAACAUCUAUUGAUUUGUCAGCUGAGAAGAGUCAGGGCUUUAAUUGGCGAUGCCCAGGUUGUCAGUCUGUGCAGCUCACAUCGUUGAAGGAGAUUCGAUAUGUCUGUUUUUGUAUGAAGAGGACUGAGCCCCCUUCUGAUUUGUAUUUAACCCCGCAUUCCUGUGGUGAACCAUGUGGAAAGCCGCUUGAGAGGAGAGUUCCAGGUGCUGGUGAGAGCAAGGAUGAUCUUUGUCCUCAUGUUUGUGUUUUGCAAUGCCACCCAGGUCCAUGCCCUCCCUGUAAAGCAUUUGCUCCACCACGGGUGUGUCCUUGCGGGAAGAAACUAAUCACAACUAGAUGCUCUGACCGGAUGUCUGUUCUUACUUGUGGUCAACAUUGUGAUAAGCUUCUUGAAUGUGGGCGUCACCAAUGUGAGAAGAUAUGCCAUGUGGGUCCUUGUGAUCCUUGUCAGGUUCUAGUCUAUGCUUCAUGUUUUUGCAGGAAAAAAGUGGAGACUAUCCUCUGUGGAGACAUCGCUGUAAAAGGCGAGGUGAAAGCUGAAGAUGGUGUUUUUUCUUGCAACUUGACAUGCAAAAAGAUGUUGUGUUGUGGAAAUCAUGAAUGUGGCGAAACUUGCCAUCCAGGCCCUUGUGGGGAUUGUGACUUGAUGCCAGGCAGGGUGGAGUCAUGCUAUUGUGGGAAAACGAGUUUACAGGUGGAAAGAAAGAGUUGUUUGGAUCCAAUUCCAAAUUGUACGCAAAUAUGUGGCAAACCCCUUCCUUGUGGAAUACACCACUGUAAGGAGAUCUGCCAUGCUGGGGAUUGUCCACCAUGUCUGGUUCUUGUCACCCAAAAAUGCCGAUGUGGAUCAACCUCUCGAACUGUGGAGUGCUUCAAAACAAUUGCAGAGAAUGAAAAAUUCACAUGCGAGAAACCUUGUGGUCGAAAGAAAAAUUGUGGGAGGCACCGCUGUAGUGAAAGGUGCUGUCCUCUUUCCAACCCUCACAAUCUUCUCUCUGGUGAUUGGGAUCCACAUUUUUGUCAAAUGGCUUGUGGCAAGAAGUUGAGAUGUGGACAGCAUUCUUGUGAAUCAUUGUGUCAUAGUGGCCAUUGUCCGCCUUGCCUAGAGACGAUAUUCACUGAUUUGAGCUGUGCAUGUGGAAGAACUUCAAUCCCUCCUCCUUUGCCUUGUGGCACACCUCCCCCUUCAUGUCAACUCCCAUGUUCAGUUCCUCAGCCUUGUGGCCAUUCAGCUUCUCAUAGCUGCCACUUUGGAGACUGCCCACCUUGUUCAGUCCCUAUUGCAAAGGAGUGUGUUGGUGGGCAUGUAGUUCUUGGGAACAUACCUUGCGGUUCAAAAGAUAUCAGAUGUAACAAACUCUGUGGUAAAACCAGGCGGUGUGGUCUGCAUGCAUGUGGCAGAACUUGUCAUCCACCACCUUGUGAUACUUCGUCAGUAACUGAAGCAGGUUCAAGAGCUUCUUGUGGGCAGACAUGUGGUGCUCCUAGGAGAGAUUGCAGACAUACUUGCACUGCACUUUGUCAUCCUUCUGCUUCUUGUCCUGAUGUGAGAUGUGAGUUCCCUGUUACAAUUACUUGCUCCUGUGGCAGGAUAACAGCACCUGUUCCUUGUGAUGCUGGAGGGAGCAACAGUGGUUUUAAUGCUGAUACCGUUUUUGAAGCAUCCAUUGUCCAAAAGUUGCCUGUACCACUUCAACCAGCGGAAUCAACUGGUAAGAAAAUUCCACUUGGCCAGAGGAAGCUUGUGUGUGAUGAUGAAUGUGCUAAGUUGGAACGCAGAAGGGUUCUUGCUGAUGCUUUUGACAUCACACCCCCAAACUUGGAAGCUCUUCAUUUUGGGGAGAAUUCUGCUGUGACCGAGCUGCUUUCAGACCUCUACAGACGUGAUCCAAGGUGGGUGCUUGCAGUGGAGGAGAGAUGCAAGUACUUGGUACUUGGAAAGAACAGAGGAUCGAUAAAUGGUCUCAAGCUUCAUGUUUUCUGCCCUAUGCUGAAGGAUAAGAGAGAUGCAGUUAUGUUGAUAGCUGAUCGGUGGAAGCUUGCUGUUUAUGCUGCUGGUUGGGAGCCAAAACGUUUCAUUGUGGUACAUGUUACGCCAAAAUCCAAGUCCCCAUCACGUGUGAUUGGGGUUAAGGGUACCACCACUUUAACUGCUCCCCAUCCACCUGCAUUUGAUCCUCUAGUAGACAUGGAUCCCAGGCUUGUUGUUUCUUUUCCAGAUUUGCCAAGGGAGGCAGAUAUAAGUUCAUUAGUUCUCAGAUUUGGUGGGGAAUGUGAGCUAGUUUGGUUGAACGAUAAGAAUGCGCUGGCUGUAUUUAACGAUCCUGCUCGUGCAGCAACUGCUAUGAGAAGAUUGGAUCAUGGAUCAGUAUACCAUGGGGCAGUUGUGGUUCUUCAAAGUGUUGGUGCAUCAGCAGCACCAGUUUCUAAUCCUUGGGGAGUGUCAGGGAAUACCAAAGGAGGAGGAGCAGCUGCAGCUUUCAAGCCAGGGAAAAAGGCUGUGGUUCCAGAGCAUGGUUGGAGGGAAGAUUCAUGGGGCAGCGAAGAGUGGUGUCACGGAUCUGUGGAUGUGCAGGCUUCCGCUUGGAAGGGAAAAGAAGCUCCUAUUGCUGCUACGAUUAAUAGAUGGAGUGCCUUGGAUUCUGAAUCGAUUUCCAAGGCAUCUACCACAUCUAUUCGGACUGAAGAUCCUGCUAAACGUGCAUCUAACUUAGGAAUAGAAUCAAAUUCAAGGAUUUUCAGUUCACCUGAGCGGCUUGGAGGAAUUUCAAGUCAAGUAGAGUUGUCUGAAGUUGUGGAUGAUUGGGAGAAAGCUUAUGACACUAAGGAGACGUGGAAGCACACACUCAUUCUGUCAUAUCAAAGCAUUGGAGUGGUUUAUGGUCGCCUGAGUACUGCCCCUUUAUAUGUCUUUGGGACAAUCCCAACUGAAGAUUUCCAUUCAGAUGGAACUGCAUUUGAAUACUUCUCCUUUAUUUUCUGGACUCUGACUAUCAUUUCUUUACUUAAGUACGCCUUCAUAGUACUGAGGGCCGAUGACAAUGGGGAGGGUGGUACUUUUGCUUUAUACUCAUUAUUAUGCAGGCAUGCUAAAGUGGGUCUGCUUCCAGAUGAUAGAAGCACCAAGGAGAUCAUGCAUCAUGAAAGGGGAAGCCCUCUCAGGAUCAAGGCUGAAUCAAGGGCCAGAAGGGCUAUCGAAAAAUAUAAAAGUAGUCACUAUGUGAUGCUCUUUUUAGCACUGUCCGGAGCUUGUCUGAUAAUUGGUGAUGCAGUGCUUACCCCAUCCAUUUCAGUAUUAUCAGCUUCCUCAGGUCUUCAACGAGCAUUGUCAAAAAUUAAGUAUUCAUCUUCACCAAUGAGACAGCAAUCCAUAUCAGAUGCCAUUGAAAGAUAUGUACCGGUUGCUUUUGCAUGUGCUGUUCUGGUAUGCCUUUUCAUGCUUCAGCACUACGGGACUCGUAAAAUUGGGUUUAUUUUUGCUCCAGUUGUCACAAUAUGGCUCAUAUUUAUCGGUGGAGUGGGCAUAUAUAACAUAUUCCAUUUCAACUCUAAAAUCCUUGUUGCAAUCUCUCCAGUAUAUAUGUACAAAUUUGUAAGAAAUAUUGACAAGAGUUGGAGGUCCUUAGGUAGCAUUCUUCUUUGUGUCGCAGGAUCAGAAGCAAUGUUUGCAGAUUUGGGUCAUUUCUCAAAGAAAUCGAUCCAGAUAACAUUUAGCUGCUUGAUUUAUCCACUUCUAGUUUUUUGCUAUGCUGGUCAAGCUGCAUAUAUCUCCAAAAACUUGAAUGCUUCUGAAGAUUUUAAUCAUCUUAGUAGAUCUAUUCCUGAACGUCUUGGUCAUGUCUUCUUAUUCUUAUCUCUGCUGGCUUCAGUUAUUGGAAGCCAGGCAACAAUAACAGCCAGCUUCUCCAUCAUAAACCAGUGCCUAGCACUUGGUUGUUUCCCUAGAGUAAAAGUUAUACAUACAUCAGAUAACCGUCGUGGGCAGGUUUACAUUCCAGAUGUCAAUUGGUUACUGAUGGUCCUCAGCCUUACUGUCACUAUUGGUUUCCGUGACUUGCACAGAAUUGCAAGUUCAGUAGGUCUGGCAAUUGUUUCUGGAAUGGUAGUUACUACUUGUUUGAUGUCUCUUGUGAUUGCUUUGCAUUGGGAGAAGACCUUGUUCCUAUCAGGAUGUUUUUUAUUGUUUUUUGGGUUUAUUGAGGCUGUGUAUGUAUCAGCAUGUAUGCUGAGUUUGCACGAAGGAGGUUGGUAUCUACUUGUCCUUUCAGCAGUGACCUUCACAGUCAUGUUCGCAUGGCAUUAUGGAACUAAGAAGAAAUAUGAGUUUGAUUUACAAAACAAGGUGCCUACCGAAUGGCUCACAGAUUUAAGCCCAGGACUUGGAGUUUCUAGAGUACCUGGAAUUGGUUUAAUCUACACUGAUAUAGUGUCAGGAAUCCCAGCUUUCUUCUCACAUUUCAUUACAAACCUUCCUGCAUUUCAUCAAGUGUUGAUUUUUGUAUCUUUCAAGUUGUUACCGAUCCCAUAUGUGCUUCCAAGUGAGAGGUAUCUUGUAGGCAGGGUUGGUGCCAAAGACCACAAAAUCUAUAGGUGCAUUGUGAGAUAUGGGUACUGUGAUCAAGUCAGGGACACAGAUGAUUUUGAGGAGCAGAUUAUUCGUUCAAUAGGAGAAUUCAUUUCAUUAGAAGAAAAUGAUUCCGAGUCCCUGAUUUCUUCUGAAGGAAGAAUGAUGAUUGUUGGGAAUCCAUCACCAGAUGGAAAUGCUUUGAUUCCUUUACAUUACAACACCACCAUUAAUUUGGGUCCUGCAAACAUGGCAAAUGCUGAAACUUACAUAGGUGCAGCCAGUGAUAUGAUUGAGAAAGUUGGUCCUGUAUGCAGAAAAAAGGUAAGAUUUAUCUUACCUGAGAAUACUUCUAAAAUGCAGGUAUCUGCAAGGGAGGAGCUACAGGAACUGAUUAAUUCCAGGGAAAGUGGUACUGCAUAUUUCUUAGGCCAGUCGCAUUUAGAAUUCCGCGAUGAUUUAAAUUUCAUCAAGAAAUUCUUGAUCAUGACCUAUGUUUUUCUUGAUAAAAACUGUAGAGAACCUCCUGUGGCACUGAACAUACCUCAUGCUGCUCUUCUGAAGGUUGGCAUGGUCUACACUAUAUAAACUGUAUGCAUUGGAGAAGUUAAAAAAAUAAAAUAAGGAAGCUUGGUAAA